AAAUUUACAAAAAUACAAUUAUUACUACAAUGUCUCUUGAUUCUCUUAUUGAUGCUUUUGAUACUUAUGAAAAUAUUUACGAAGAUAAUUAUGUAGAAAUAGAUUCUAAUAGUACUGUUGAAUCAUCAGGAAAUAGUAAUAUAGAAAGUGCUAUUACUUUUGAAAAUCCAAUUCAAUCUUUAGAUAAAGAAUUAUUAUCUGAUAUUCAACUUAAAGAUCAUUUUGAACAACCAUUAAUUCAAUUAACAAAACAUAAUAUUGUUAAUAAUAUACAAUAUCAUUUAACUCCUAUUGAAUAUCCUACAACUGCUAAUGAAGAUAUUGCUCAUAUUUUUUGUAUCGAAAAUGGGAUAAUCCAUCUUCUUUAUUUAAAGAUGAUAAAAGUUUGUGAAAUAGCUGAUAUGAAUAUAGCAACAACUCCACAUUAUAAUGUUAAUCCUGAUACUGAUUUAAUUCUUCAUGAUAAUAAUAAUUUGAAUGAAGAAAAUCAAAUUAAAACUAAUACAAUUGGAAGUGAAAAUCAAGAUGAUAAUACUUCUAAUGAAGAAUAUAUUAUUCAAAAAACUUCUUCAAAAAAGGAAAUAGAAAUUAUGAAACCUUUUAUUAGUUGUGAUAAAUGGCAUCCAGGUAAAAAAAAUCAUCGAGUACAAAAAAUAAGACCAGGUUGUGAUAUUGAAUUAUUAAAAGAUUUAUUUGAAAAUAAUGGAAUAGUAUCAACAUAUGAG